AUGAUACGGCUGUUGUUGUUGCUGUUGUUGUUAUUAUUGUUAUUACUGUUUGUGGUGAGUGACAACUUUAACAACAACAUCAACAACACCAACAACAACAUCAACAACAACAUCAACAAUAGCAUCGACAACAACAGUGCCAACACUUUAGAUACCAAUGCUACAACCCACAGAGCAAAUAUCAGUUGCAAUUGGAACAUCAUCAAUAGUGACAACCCUAACAACAACAUCAACAACACCAACAACAACAUCAACAACAACAACAGCAUGAACAAUAAUAACAACAACAGUGCCAACACUGUAGAUACCAACGCCACAACCCACAGCGCAAAUAUCACUUGCAAAUGGAACAUCAUCACAAGAAGCAAGAAGAGCCACAGCGAUGAUAAUAAUAAUAAUAACGUUAACAAUAAUAAUAAUAAUAACGUUUUUAAAUAUUGUAAAAAUAAUAUUAAUAAUAUGUAG